AUGGCUCUUCUACACCUAAAAGACAAAAGUACAUAUCCAAGUUUUUUUGGAAUUCUUUUAAAACUACUGCUGGUAAUUCAAUUGAAAUGGUGCUGGUUGAUGAAGAGGAAACCAGGAUUCAUGCAACAGUGGUUGAAAAAUUUAUACAAAAACAUCAACAAGCUUCGAAAGAAGGUGUGGCAGUUAGCAUCAAUGCUUUCAAAGUUAAAAAAAUAUGGUGGGGAUUACAGAACCUCUCCGUUGCCGUUCAAGAUAGAAUUGACCCGAACAAGUGUUAUCAAACCAGUUUGUGAUUUCCCAAAAGAAUUCCCAGAAAAAUAUUUCAGUGAUUUUUUUGAGAUUUUGGAUGAUAAACUCGACAAAAAUAUCUUGUAA